UCCUACGUUGAUUCGACUCAGUCGAAUUACAUGCGGAAGGAGAACAGUCCAUUUCGUAUUUUUCUGGAAGAAGCUGCCUAGUAUUUCCUUGAAGUCAUGUCUUUCACAUGUAUAGCGUGCCGGGUGUCGUUUGCCAGCAAUGAAAUUCAGCGCUCGCACUACCAGACCGACUGGCACAGGUACAACUUGAAGCGCAAGGUGGCAGAGCUGCCUCCAGUGUCAGUCGAGACAUUCCAGGAGAAAGUCCUGAGCCAGCGCGCCGAGAACAAACCCAGCAAUGUCGGUCCUCGGUUCUGUGGAGCUUGCAGGAAGAAGUACAAGUCGGAGAAAGUCUACGUAGAGCAUCUGAAAUCGAAGAGGCAUCGAGACAACGAGGCCCUGCUGGAGGAGAAGGAAGCAGCCAAGGCCGCCGCUGGCCAGGACGAGCCGGAGGAGAAGCAGCAGAAGGAAGAGGAUGCUGAGGACAGCAUGGAGGUGAUUGAAGGCGAGGAGGACGAGGCCAUCGAGGCAACCGACUGCCUCUUCUGCGCGCACAACAGCCACAGUCUGGAGGAGAACCUGAAGCACAUGGCGCGAUCGCACAGCUUCUUCUUGCCGGACGUGGAGUACCUGAUCAACCCGCGCGGCCUGGUCGAGUACCUGGGCGCCAAGGUCGGCAGCGGGCACGCGUGCGUGUGGUGCUCGCGCCCGUUCCCUUGCACGGAGGCCGCGCAGCAGCACAUGCUGGACCGCGGGCACACGAUGCUGAACUACGACGGCUCGUCGGCGGAGUACGUGGACUUCUACGACUACCGCUCCAGCUACCCGGACUACGAUGCCGCGGCGAGCGGCGGCGACAACGACCGCGAGACCGCGCACGGGCAGGCCAAGGCCGGAAACGAGGGCGAGGGCAAGAACGAGGACGGGGAGGAGGAGGAAGUGGAGCCGGAGUACAUACAGAUGGACGCCGGCGGCGGCGAGCUGGUAUUGCCGUCGGGGGCGCGCGCCGGUCACCGCUCGCUGCAGCGCUACUACAAGCAGAGUGUGCGGCCGACACGCCUGCAGGUGGCGGCGCACGCGCAGAAGCUGGAGCGCCUGAUGCACCAGUACCGCGCCAUCGGCUGGACGGGCUCGGUGGAGGUGAAGCGCGUCGCGCUGGAGAAGCGACGCCGCGACGUGGACGCCCACCUGCGACGCCAGCAGCAGCACAGCGCGCACCUCGGCUGGAAGGCCAACAAGCUGCAGAACACCUACAGACGACAGGUGUUCCUCUGGUAAACUCCUCUCUCUCUCUGUCUGCGUCUGCCCUCUGCGGAUUGCUCAUACCCCACGGAAAAGUUGUCCUUUUUUUUACAGUGCAAUUCAUGCUCUCUCUCUUUCUUUCUCUCUGUUUCUGCAUCUGUCUUUCUCUGUCCUGUCUUUCUCUGUCCUGUCUGUAUCUCUCUCUCUCUCUCUCUCUCUCUCUCUCUCUCUCUUUCUCUCUCUCUCUCUCUCUCUCUCUCUCUCUCUCUCUCUCUCUCUCUCUCUCUCACUCUCUCUCUCUCUAUCUCUCUCUUUCUCUCUCUCUCUCUCUCUCUCUCUCUCUCUCUCUCUCUCUCUCUCUCUCUCUUUCUCUCUCUCUCUCUCUCUCUCUCUCUCUCUCUUUCUCUCUCUUUCUCUCUCUCUCUCUCUCUCUCUCUCUCUCUCUCUCUCUCUCUCUCUCUCUCUCUCUCUCUCUCUUUCUCUCUCCAAAAAAAUAGUAUAACAUUUUCGAAAUAAUAAUAGAACAGCUCGCGUACAGGUACUGGGCUGCAAUGCCAACCUUUUC